UAUAGUUAUUUGUAGUUAAAAUGUUACUAAAAUCUUAUAAAUUAUUUCAAGUAAAUAAGUUAAAUUUGUUUAAAUUUCAGCAUACAUUAGCUGCAUUAAAUGUUUUAAAAUCACAAUGUGAUACUUCUAGCGUUGAAUUUCAAGAAAAUUGUGAUAAAUAUUUAGAACUGACAAAUGAUUUGUAUCAAGUUACUAAUAAUGUAUUUACUGGAGGUGGUCCAAAAGUUGUACAGAAACAUAUAUCAAAAGGAAAACUUCCAGUACGUGAACGGAUAAAUUUAAUUCUGGAUCCAGGAUCACCGUUUUUGGAAUUAUCUGCAUUAGCUGCACAUGAUAUGUAUAGUAAAGAUAUUCAUUCAGCUGGAAUAAUCAGUGGAAUCGGGCGUAUUGAAGGACGAGAGUGUAUGAUUGUUGGAAAUGAUGCAACUGUUAAAGGUGGAACAUAUUAUGCAAUGACAGUGAAAAAACAUUUACGUGCUCAACAAAUUGCUGAAGAAAAUCAUUUGCCAUGCGUAUAUUUAGUUGAUAGUGGUGGAGCCAAUUUACCAAAUCAAGCAGAAAUUUUCCCAGAUCGUGAACAUUUUGGUCGAAUAUUUUAUAAUAUGGCUAAUAUGUCUUCUAAACGUAUUCCUCAAGUCGCUGUUGUUAUGGGAUCUUGUACUGCCGGUGGUGCUUACGUACCAGCGAUGGCUGAUGAAUCGAUAAUAGUUCAAAAGAACGGAACUAUAUUUCUUGCAGGACCACCAUUAGUCAAAGCAGCUACUGGAGAAGUGGUUUCAGCCGAAGAUUUAGGUGGUGCAGAAUUACAUUGUACACAUUCUGGUGUCACAGAUCACUUUGCGGUCAACGAUGAACAUGCUUUACAGAUAGCUCGAAAUAUAAUAAAAAAUUUAAAAAACACAACAAAAUUAUCCUCCUAUUCAUCCAAAGAUAACUAUGAAAUCCCUUGCAGUACAAUAGAACCACCCUUAUAUGAUCCAAAAGAACUGUACGGUAUUCUACCAACUGAUUUAAGGAAACCAAUUGAUAUACGUGAAGUAAUUGCACGUAUUGUGGAUGGUUCGAAAUUUGAUGAAUUUAAAAAACGUUAUGGUGCAACGAUUGUUUGUGGUUUUGCACGUUUAUAUGGUAAUUUAAUUGGAAUUAUUGGCAAUAAUGGUGUAUUGUUUUCGGAGAGCGCGCUAAAAGCUGCUCAUUUUGUUGAGUUAUGCUCGCAACGGAAUAUUCCAUUAUUAUUUUUACAAAAUAUUACGGGUUUUAUGGUUGGAAGGGAAGCUGAAAUGGGUGGUAUUGCAAAGAAUGGUGCAAAAUUGGUUACAGCUGUUUCAUGUACAAAAGUGCCAAAAAUUACUGUAGUCGUUGGUGGUUCUUAUGGGGCCGGCAACUAUGGUAUGUGUGGACGUGCAUAUUCACCUAGGUUCUUGUAUAUGUUGCCUAAUGCACGUAUUAGUGUUAUGGGGGGUGAACAAGCAGCAGAUGUCAUGUGUCAACUUGAAAUGGCAAAAAAUAGAAGUUUAGAUUUAACAGAAUUAAAAGCUAAAUUAGUACAAAAAUUCGAUAAUGAAUCUCAUCCUUAUUACAGCUCAGCAAGAUUAUGGGAUGAUGGAAUUGUAGAUCCAAAAGAUCUUCGAAAAAUUUUAGGAUUAAGUUAUGCGGUUACACAAAAUGCACCUGUUAAGAACACUGAAUUUGGUAUUUUCCGAAUGUAAUUUGUUUGUUAUAUAUAAAUAAAAAAUGUUUAAUUUCGUUA